AUGGGAGACACUUCACAUCCAGCUGAUGCUCUUGAACUGCAAGAUCCACACAGAUGGAUACAAGGUCAUCAGGGGCAUGACGAUUACACCAGCACGAGUGGUGGUUUGGAGGGAUCUGCCGUUCCUCCAGAGCAUGCUGUCUCUGCACUGCCUACCUGGAACCAGAACAAAGCCAAUGUCUUCAAAACAUUUUCCACGUUUUCGGCCUUCAUAAUAAUGGGUGCGAAUGAUGCAGCAUAUGGUGCCCUCAUACCUUACCUGGAACAAUACUAUCACAUUACUUACCUCGUUGUCUCCCUCGUGUUUCUGUCUCCACUCGUGGGCUAUGUGGCAAGUGCUGCAUUGAACAAUCUUGUCCAUGUUCACUUCGGUCAGCGAGGGGUAGCACUCAUUGGGCCAGCUUGCCAUCUUAUCGCAUACGUUGUGAUCGCCCUUCAUCCGCCAUACCCAGCCUUAGUCUUGGUCUUUAUCCUCGCCGGGUUUGGAAAUGGUCUCCUUGACGCCGGCUGGAAUGCUCACGUUGGGAAUCUUGCAAAUGCCAACGAGGUUCUGGGAUUCCUCCAUGGCUUCUAUGGCUUAGGGGCCGUGUUGAGUCCGUUGAUCGCGACGGCGAUGAUCACUAGAGCUGAUUUGAUGUGGUACACAUUCUACUAUAUCAUGAUUGGGGCUGCUGCAUUAGAGCUAGCAACAUCUGUUGCUUCCUUCUGGCCAGAAACAGGCAGCAAAUAUCGCAGUACGAAUGGUACGGAGCACUCCCAGAACAAAGGCGCGACUAGAGAAGCCUUGAAAAAACGCGUGACAUGGGUGGCUGCCAUGUUCCUUUUGGUCUACGUCGGCAUUGAAGUCGCUUUAGGUGGAUGGAUUGUGACGUUCAUGAUUCGCGUUCGCAACGGCGAUCCCUUCGGCGCAGGAAUUAGUGCUACAGGAUUCUGGCUCGGUAUAACCGCUGGUCGCGUCAUACUCGGAUUUGUCACACCUCGGGUGGGCGAAGACAUAUCAAUCGUCCUCUAUCUGGUGGGAGCGACUGUCUGUCAACUGCUCUUCUGGCUCAUUCCUUCAUUUGUCGGUGGCUCAAUCGCGGUAGCAUUUGUCGGCUUCUUUCUGGGGCCGUUGUUUCCCGCAGCAGUGGUUGCAGUGACUAAGCUUCUCCCAAAGCAUAUGCAUGUACCAGCCAUUGGCUUUGCCGCUGCUUUUGGUGGUGGUGGGGCCACCGUCUUGCCCUUUGGGGUUGGUGCCAUAGCCCAGAGGGCGGGCGUGCAAGUGUUGCAGCCAGUGAUCGUGGCUAUGCUGGUGCUAGCAACAUCACUGUGGGCGAUAGGUAUGCCUAGGAUCAAGAGAGGUGCGGACGACGACAGGUUGGGAAGAAUGACGGCGGCUGGUAAAAGGGCAGGAAGGAAGAUCAGUAGGAGAUGUGCUGCAUUCGUGUGA